UAAUAAUAAUAAUAAUAUAGUAGUCAGAGGUGCAUUUUGCAAUUGCAGUCAUCUUUGUCACCUUCUUCUUUCUUCUUCUUAUUCUUCCUCAGCGAGUUAGUGAGUGAAGGAGUGUGUGAAUAUGAGCAAUCCCAAGGAAGAAGAACCGUUUUCUAGAGCUGCAAGAGCAGCAGAAGAUCUUUACCAUCUUCGAGACACUUAUUUUCCACCCAACCCCGAUGACAGAAUCUCCAAGUUGCAACACGAAUCCGAUCUCGCUCUUAAUCUCCUAGAUUCCAUUCCCCCAGAACAAAGAAGAUCACCUACACAACGUGCAACAUUUGAAUAUCUUAGGGGUAAGAUGUUGGAUGUAUUUCCUGACUAUAGGAAAGAAGCUGAGGAUCAUCUAUCAAAAGCUGUCAAGUUAAACCCAUCUCUUGCAGAUGCUUGGCUAUGUUUAGGAAAUUGCAUUUGGAAAAAAGGAGAUUUAACUGCUGCAAAGAACUGCCUCAGUCUUGCAUUAGACAAGGGUCCUAACAAAAAGAUUCUUUGUCAACUAUCGAUGCUUAAAAGAAAAAUGUCUCAAGGUGUGGAGAAUCAAGCAGAACUGGUUGAGGAAAGCAUUCAACAUGCCAAGGAAGCAAUCACUUUGGAUGUCAAGGAUGGGAACUCUUGGUAUAAUCUUGGAAAUGCUUGCCUUACAAGUUUUUUUGUCACUGGAGCUUGGGAUCAUACCAAACUUUUACAUUCUUUAAAAGCAUAUCAAAAUGCUGAGAAAGAUGAAAGAAUGAAGUCCAAUCCAGAUUUAUAUUUUAAUAGUGCUACAGUUAACAAAUAUCUUGAGAACUACCAGAGGGCCCUUAGUGGAUUUGAGGCUGCUGCUUUAAAGGAUCCAGGUCUCAAUGCUGCAGAGGAGGUUCAGAAGAUAGUCAGUUUACUUGACAAGGUGGACAAUCUUUUGAAGGGACAUGUAAGAGCUAAGCGAAUGACAUCUUUGGCUUCGUCAUUGGUUGCUGUUGAUUUGAAAUCGCCAUACAGAAGAGUUACCAUAGACCUUUUAUCAGAGGGUCCAAAUAGAGCUCUUGCAGUGGAGGGGAAAGUUUUUUUCUUUAUUAGGACUGAAGGUGUUGCUCCCCUAUACUAUUUGCUUUGUGAUUCAAAUCAUUCCUGCUUUGUUGUCUCGAUUUAUGGUGUACGUACUGAUGUGAUUAAAGAAGGAGAUCAACUAACAAUGCUUGAUCCUUAUUUUCGUGAUGUUGAUUUCUCGUGGAAUGAGAAGCAUUACCAGUUCAAGUCUAUACGCCUGGAUUUCUACGAACAAGUACUUGUAAAUGGAAAAGCUUUGACUCCUCAACAAGCUGUUCGUACGUCAAUAUAUGCUCAACAUAAACCCUGAAAAGGCCACUACUGAAUUAUUUGAGUUCUUCUUGUCUUCUGGCUGUUGGUGUUGGAUGCUAUAUUCAUUGAGUAAAUAGAUUGGUUGGUUGGUACAUUUAUACAUGUGAAUUCUGGUGGCUCACAAUCUGAUAAUAGGAAAAGGAGAAACUUGAGAGGAAAGUGUUACAUUUGGCUUUCUGUUGUCCAUCAAGCUUUUACAUCUGUUGAAUAUGAUAGCUUGAAGAUUCUUCUGUUUGUUUCCGAUGCUUUUAACAGAAAGUUUUGUAAAAAUCUUGUUUGUUGUUGUAUCAAAGUCCAUCUCGCAAAUGCU